CUGCUGUCUCUGCUGGCCUUCAUCUGUGAAGAAGUUGUAUCAGAGUGCACAUUGUGUGGAGGAUUGUACUUCUUUGAGUUUGUGAGCUGCAGUGCCUUUCUUCUGAGCCUUCUCCUGCUGAUUGUGUACUGCACACCAGUGUACGACAGAGUGGAUACUGGAAAAGUCAAGUCAUCGGAUUUUUAUAUUACACUGGGAACAGGGUGUGUAUUUCUGUUGGCAUCUAUCAUUUUUGUUUCUACUCAUUUUGGAACUGCAGCUGAAAUUACUGCAAUUGUAUUCGGAUUUAUAGCAAGUUUGAUGUUCCUGUUUGACUUUGUUGUUAUGCUCUGUGAAAAACGACAGGAGGGGCAGUUAAGAAAACCAGAGAACACUGCUCGGGCCGAAGCCCUCACGGAACCACUGAAUGCUUAAAACCAGCUGGGCAGGUGCUGGUGAAGAGAAGAGACAGGCCUCCCUACUGCCUGCAGAGCUCCAGGAGAAUCUGUCAUUUGCAAAUCACUUUGGGAGGGCAGAGGGGAAGCAGAGGCAGUUCUCAGUAAGGGGCAAAGUAGGUCAGAGGAUUUCUUUUUAUUACUAUUUUUUAAGAACUGUUGGAACUUACCUUAAACGGAGGGGUUUUGUUCUUGUUUGUUUUGUUUUUAGAGGAGAGGAAGACAGUUGUUUAACUUAAUGUCUCCACUGCUGAUUGAUGGCCUGUCAUUCUGUUAUAGGGCAUCCCUCACCAGGCUUAGCUUUCAGAUUGUGCCUUAGGGUUGUUUGAACAGCAUGUCACAUCCAUCUAGUCAGAAACAGUUUCAUUUUAAAUUAAUUUACUUAGCUAUCUUUUUUUUGAUUAUUAGAUUCUGUUCUUUUAUUGGAAAUUUAAUGUAUAUUUAAGAUGUCAGUGUUUAAAAUGCUGGUGUAGGUGUCUUUCCUUUACUGUAUCUCACUCAGCCUUAGGCUUAUAUGGUAACCUUUUAGGAUAAUGACUCUUAACUUUCCAAGACCUUUGUGUAACCUAAUAGAAAGUGAAUGAGGGCUGUGGUAUUUUAUGUGUAUGAAAGUUGCAGCAUCAGCAGCCUCAUGGUGUUAUACUGCACUUCAGUUGUUGACAUAAAGUUUAAAAAAAAUUGUUAUGAAGCACAUAGAAAAAUUGAAGAAACUGUUAUUAUACCUGUGGACCAAAGAUAAAAUAGACACCUUGUCCAGUUCACUGAAUGUAAUCACUCAAACAGACCUGACCACUUCCCAUGUGUGUGAAGAGUUCAUACUGUGUUCAUACAUAGUUGAUACUAUGUUCAUACUAGUUCACCCUGUGUUAGAAACGGUUGGUCACCCUUUGGCAGAUGACUGUUUCUACUUCAUUUGCCAUAGUUCUGCAGGCUCCUUUUAAAGACCCAGCCUUUGGUUUCUCCCCUUUUGUGACCUUAUCAGAAUGGUCCCUGUGCUGCUUCACGUGUGGCAGAGGUGAGCCUUUGACUCUUCCCCUCCCCCCCUCCCCCCCCUCUUGUUCACCCACAGUUGUCUCAAGGUCAUCCAGAAUCUUGGGCCCUUUUUGUUACCAGAAGUCUGCAGCAGGAGUUCUUGUUCCCCCAGGACAUGGCUUUUGUUUCUCUUCCAGAUAGAUGUCUUUAGAAAGCAAGUCUCUAGGAUCCCUAGAUCCUAGGGAUGAGCACUGUUGCAGGUCUGAAGGAGAAGUCAAACUACUCUGAGACUUCUGAUAUAAAUCGGCCAAAGGAUUGCCUGUUGCUGGGACAAGCCCAUUCUGCCCAAAGGGCACCUUUCUUGUCUUCCUCCUGGAGUUCGACCCAAGGCUCCAGUGUUAAUGACAAGCCCAUAUGUCAAGGCAGUCUAUGCUUUGGUAGAGGUUUCCCAGGCUAGGUUUUCUCUCUGGGGAUCCAGUUUAAGGUUCCCAUCCUUUUUAGUUUCUCAUCUGCCAUUGUGUGUGUAGAUGGGUUUCAGUUAUACAAACUCGGUUGUCAUUUUCAGAACUGAUGGUUCUCGGCGCACAGCCUCUGCUCUGUCAUUGACUCAGUGCCUUAUCCACUUGUAUCCCAUACAAGUGUGCAUGCUAGUUAGUAGUGAUGUCACAUAUAGUUAGUGGUGAUGUCACACUGCCUGCCUGGGAGAUCAUGAAACCAAUUGUGGAUGUUGUUUUUACUGGGCAAGUCAUCCAAGAGAGAGGAGAGAGUGCGCCCUUGGGACCCAGAAUAGAGUAAUUUCAGAAGUAACCAGUUUAUGGUAGGCAAUUGUAGAAUUUCACAUCAAGCCGUGCUGUUAUUGGAAAUAUCAUCUAGACCUAUUGAAAAUUGACAGAAAAUCAUCUAGGCUACCUUAGUGUCACUACCUGUUAGUCAGCUAUCUGUUAUGAUAACAAAUACUGGAGGUAAUCAACUUAAAAAGAGGAAGGGUUGGGGCGGGAGAGAUGGCCCAGAGGAAGAGCACUUCCUGAUCUUCCAGAAGACCUGGGUUCAUUUCCCAGCACCCACAUCUAUAGGCUCUCAAAUGCCUGAAACUCCAUCUCUGCGGGAAUCCGGUGCCCUCACAUGACAUACAGUCAUACACACACACACACACACACACACACACGUUUUAAAAAAGAAGAAAAAGGGUUUAUCGUGGUUUGCAGUUUUGGAAACUUCAGCCACGGUAGGUGAGUCCUGUUGCUUCUGGUGAAACAGCAGCACAUCAUGGUAGGGAGUUAGAGCAAGCUGCUUGUCAGGUGCAUGCAGAAAGCAGAAAGAGAAGGAGUGGGAGACUUAAGGUCCUGCAGUCCCCUUGGAGGGCAUACCCCCAGUGGCCUAAGACCUUCUGCUAGGCCCACCUCUAAAAGCUUCCACCACCUCUUAGUAGAGUACUCUGGCGCACAAGACUUACACAUCUGGGCUUUGGGACAUUUCAGAUCUAAACUCUAGUACCACUAGGACAAGCACUGGGCACAGUCAAGAUGAACAGAAAUGUGGGCUGGAGAGAUGGCUCAGUGGUUAAGAGCACUGACUGCUCUUGUAGAGGACCCGGGUUCGAUUCCCAGCACCCACAUGGCGCCUAUGAACUAUCCUUAACUCCAGUUCCAGGGGAAUCGGAAGCCCUCUUCUGACCUCCGUGGCAUUGCAGAACAUGGGUGCACCCACAUACAUGCAGGCAAUACACUCAUACACAUAAAAUAAAAAAAUAAAUAAAAUAUUUUUUAAAAAAGAUGAACAGAAAUGUUCUGACCUGGCUGCACACAUCCAGCUGUCAGCAUUGAGCUUCCUGACUGUGAGCUCCACUUUGUUUGAUUGGUGCAGAGGAGGGCUCCUAGUUGGCCGCUUUGUCCUUUUUGUUUGGAAAGAUAAUUUGGUCACUUGUAUUUCUGGUCACUUUUUAAAAAAAAAAAAAAUUUUGUGUGUAUGAAUGUAUUGCUUUCACAUACGUAAGUGCAUCCAUGUCGUGCAAUGCCUGAUGAGGUCAGAAGAGGGCAUUGGAUCACCUUGAACUGGAGUUAGCUGCCUUUGGGGGCUAGGAAUUGGACUUGGGUCCUCUGCAAAAGCAGCCAAUGCUCUUAACCACUGAGCCAUCUCUCCAACCCUCUAGUUACUCUUAGAACUUUUUUCCUCCUUGUUUUGCCCAGGCCCCUUGGCUGAUUUAGCCUCUCUGUUCUACUGUGGAAGGAAAUGGGAAUAAAAGACCGGUACAGAGUAAGCUCAGCGAGUGGGACCAGAAACCGCUAUGUCAAAAUGGCAACCUCAGCAACCUCAGAAGUACAUUUUUACUAACAGCGCUGGCUAAUUUGUCUUGCUAUAUUUUAUGCAAAGAAAUUGUUUAGACUAGUUCUUAAAACUUAUAAGUGAAAUAUACUUGCAGUACAUAACUUUUAUAAUUAUUAUACUUAAAUUAUGCUUUAUUGGAGACUGGGAAAUGUAUUUUUACAUUGCUUACAGCCAAUCAUUUUUGUAUUUGUCAGUUUAAAUCUUGUGGGUCUUUUUGUAUCUCUCAAUGUCAAAUUUUAUAAUCUUUUAAAAUAAAUCUGCUUAAUUACAAUGUU